AUGCGGCAUCUUCUCCUCCACCCUCAAUUGCGCGUGGCGCUUCCGAGAUCAGUCCAACGGGACCUUCGAACUCAAUUAUGGGUUCGUUUCAAAUCCCAGGUGCCCCGACCAUCCAAGCGCCAUGAACCAGCAGCACCCGAAUCAAAAGAAUUAAACUCAACAUCGGCACGCGUACCAACCCCGAGCGCUUCCAAAACAAAUAUUCGUAGAGGGCCACCGGAGCGUAUACUGGUUUACUAUGGAGGAACAGGCCGAGCCAUGUUCUUAGGCAUGCUACGGGUAUCGACCAUUCUUCUUUUUGGUGCAGCAUGUUUAAUUGUGGCACCAUCCUGCUACACAGAUGAAAAUGAAUGGUAUAUUACACCACUAGUGAUUGCUGGUGGUGCUAUGCCCAUGCUGUUUGUUGCUUUCACAUCAGCACCCUAUGUCAACUUUGUUCACCUGGCUCUUCCUGCUUUUGCACGGAGAUCUCGGGAAGCGGCAGUUCAUUAUGCCAAAGAUCUACCACCAACAGCUGUGCUCUAUUUGAACACUAUGCGGUUCAAUACCAUUCCUCGUACUAUUCAGGUCCGUGUUGGUGAUCUUGUUCCAAACAAACAUGCACUCCGCCCAGUUACUUUUCGGAACACAAGGCCAGUCGAGCGGCCUUGGUGGAUGGGGAAACUCCCUACCCAGUUCUAUACUGGCGAUCAUAGCCAAGCAGGACGCCAGUCUUCGGCAUUUUAUCCUGAGGUUUGGCCCAGCAUUUUUCAGCGCAUACAAGGCAAACCACCAGGAUCAAUGAAUCGUUAG